AGAGCCUGGCAAUGCUGGGGCUUUGUAAUAUUGUGUUAAUAUUUGUGAUAUUUGUGUUUUUGUUAUUCCCAUGAGAAUUUUGCAGUUCUGUCACAGUAUGGUUACGAUGGCGUUUAAUAAUAGAAAAAUCGACGAUCUCAAACAUUACGUGAAAAUGCUCAGGUUUCUCUGUUAGCACCGAAAAAGCAAAAGACCAUCAGCUUCUUUUCUCACUCCCACCAUUUUCUUUUGUAAAUAUUUAAAUAUUGAAGUGUAUGGAAAAUAAGUUAUUUUACUGAUUCGUUUUGUACUUUUAUUUUGAAGCCGUGUCUUUUAUGAAUGUGUGAUCAAUUGGCUACUUCCGGGUUUGAAAGGCGAAGCUGUCAAAGCGCUCCGCCGGGCUAGCCGAAAUGGCAACGUUCAUAUUUAUAACGCUGUACGCUUUUAUAAACUGUUUAACAUUUUUGCCAGUCGUACACAGCAACAGUUUCGAGACAAAAGCCACACGGUUCUUCAGCAGUGGUCACACAAACAAUUGGGCAGUGCUGGUUUGCACGUCGAGAUUCUGGUUCAACUAUCGACACGUGGCCAACGUGCUGUCUGUGUACAGGAGCGUGAAGAGACUGGGAAUCCCGGACAGUCACAUCGUUCUGAUGUUAGCCGACGACAUGGCCUGCAACCACAGAAACCCUAAACCUGCUACCGUGUUCGGCCACAAGAACAUGGAGCUGAACGUGUACGGGGACGACGUCGAGGUGGAUUACCGCGGAUAUGAGGUUACAGUGGAGAAUUUCCUGCGAGUGCUGACCGGGCGACUCCCGGCGAGCACGCCUCGCUCCAAGCGCUUACUGAGCGACGACCGCAGCAAUAUCCUCAUCUACCUCACAGGUCAUGGCGGGAACGGCUUCCUAAAGUUCCAGGACUCGGAGGAGAUCAGCAAUGUGGAGCUGGCCGACGCGUUCGAGCAGAUGUGGCAGAAGCGAAGGUAUAAUGAGCUGCUGUUCAUAAUCGACACCUGCCAGGGGGCGUCCAUGUACGAGAGGUUCUACUCACCAAAUAUCAUGGCUCUGGCCAGCAGUCAAGUCGGAGAGGACUCGCUUUCACACCAGCCUGACCUCGCCAUCGGAGUCCAUCUGAUGGACAGAUACACCUUCUACCUGCUGGAGUUCCUGGAAGACAUCCAUCCCGCCAGUCAGGCCAAUAUGAACGAUCUGUUUAAAGUGUGUCCUCAAAGCCAGUGUGUGUCCACUCCGGGCCACCGUACCGACCUGUUCCUGCGAGACCCCGGCAGCGCCCUGAUCACCGAUUUCUUCGGCAGCGUGCGCAAAGUGGAGAUCACACGGACGGUGGUGAACCUGACCACGCCCAUAGAGAAAGUCACGCCCGCAGUCAUAUCUGUUGCUCAACGCAAUGUGAAGAGCGAGGUGCUGUCUUAUGUAGACCAGUUACCAGUGGCUGAAAUCAUUCAUCAGAAACCCAAGCAGAAGGACUGGCACCCUCCGGACGGCUUCAUCCUCGGCCUGUGGACCCUCAUCCUGCUCGUCUUCUUCAAAACCUACGGCAUCAAACACCUCAAGCACAUCUUCUGAAUGCCGUACGCGUUUCUGUCAGAAAUUCUCAUUUUCACGCAGAGGUUUUCGACAGCACCCGUGCUUUAAAAAGGCCUCAUGCUUCUUUUUUUUCCUCUUCAAAAAAAGCAUUGUGAAGCCUAGGACGGACUUUUUUUUUAAAAGGCGAUGCGCUCUGACUACUGACUUCGACGAGCCUUUGUUGUGCUCUGCUACGGAGUGUAAUAUGGUUACAUUUCAGCACAAGGGACUUUGGUCAGGAAGGGGUUCUUUCACCACACUUUUUUUUUCCUUCCCUUUUUUUUUUUUUUUGUUUUUUUUUUAAUCCUCUGAUACAUUCGACCAAGGACAAACUGACUUUGAAACUCGGUUCAGCUCUCUGAGAUCAGGAUUAUAGAAGCGUCACUUGAGGAACUCUUUGUUGAUAAUCACUCGUUGAUUAUAAUUUGCGUUUGCUGUUUAACGAGAAACGAAAACAAUUUUGCCUUGACCUCGUGUCCGGUGUGAGUGGAAGUUUGCUCCUUUACUUUUGUGCCAGAGCUACAAGGCUAACACGGCUGAGAAAUGACGAGCGCUAAUAGCUAUCGGUUUAGCACUGUACAAACUGCAUGUCUGAAUAAUUUAGUAUAGUUUAGUAUCCCAGCCAGAAACGCUUGUUCACGUGGUUUGUAAAUAUAAAUGUGUGUGUAUAAUAUGUAAAUCGCAAACUUAACUUUAAUACUGCAUAUAUAUAUCGCAAACUGCAAUAUAUAAAAAUUCAAAGUUUGCUACAUCAGGCUUGUAGCUGCAAAGAAGCAAACUUAAGACAACAAAAUAUGUUGUCGGUGAUCAAUUAGAUUUAUGAUACGUUUUGUUGCACGUUAAAAAAAAUUACCCAUGAUUCUGAGCCUUUGUCCAAUAACUUACUAUAGCGAUAAUUUUUAUUUUAUUUUAUCGCCAAAUAGUUUCUUCGGUUCAGUUUUAAUAAAUCUAACAGGUUUUGGACACUUUGGGGAGUAGUGAAUAUUUAAAACUUUCGGUUGAAUAUAAUCUCAUAAAAUUACGUCAGAAAGUAAUGCAUUUUUCAACUUUUCGAUUAGUGUCAGACUUUUGGACAUGGGCUAGGAAUCAUGAGUAGUUUUUGAACAUGGAGUUCCUUCAAUGAUUCAUGCUCACCACCCACUAUCGAGGAGGUUUAUUAUUUAAUCAAAAACAACAACAAAACAAAACACUCUUUAAAAAUAAAAUCAGUUCUGGAGCUUUUUCAGGAAUGUACGAAAUGUGUGUGACUCCAUUUAUACCACACACUCGACGUUGGCGAAUUCUCCAUUCUGAUUGGCCACCAGGUAGGUGUUUCUAUAGUAGCAGCUAAUACUGUGGUGGCACCUAAUCUAAGGUUAGUGAUCUACAGAAUAGGUUCAAAAAAUGUUUUGUUUUAAACAAAUUCAUUUCUUUUUCAUGUCUUUAGUUAGGCAUAAUGGAAUCUUGUCUGUUUAAAAAAAAAAUUGCUUUACCUUUUCAUAAAUUCUGGGAUGGAAAUAGCUCUCGCCGUGGAACCUUUGCACAUGUGCAAAUGAAAGAGGUUUCCUCCCUCCCCCUGGUCUAAUGCACUGGAUAAUGCAAUAUCCUGUACUGCUCCACCAGCCACUAAAACUCUCAGAUGUAUUAUGAAAUGAACCUCCCCCCCCCCUCCCUUAUUUUUGUUAAAUGAGGAGGUGUUGCUUUUUUUGCCUCUCUUUUUAAAAAAAAAAAAAUUAUUAUUUAGAGAAGAUGAAGAGGCUCUAAGUGCUGUUUUUUUAUUCUUGAAGCUUUCAACCUUGCAUAAAUGAUUAUAUCAACAGAGUAAUGAAAUUGUAUGUUAAAUUGAAGGCUUUUUGGCGUUUUAGUCCAUUAGGGUUAUAUCUAGGUGUAGGGAUGUUACUGGAUACGAGAACGAUAGAGUUCUGUGGCACUGUGGUGAGGAAACCUGAAAGGAUUUAUGUUUCUCACAUUGUAUAGCGACGCUCUGAAAAUACUGACCAUGACAAAAUGUAAGAACGCUGAAAAUGAUCAUUUCAUUCCCAAAGGUCCCCCAAUAGUUUUAUCAUUUAUUAUCAUUUAAUAUGCAUAUCCUUUUGAAAAGACAGAUUUGUCAUUGAUGAUGAUUUUAAUUACCGUGGAUACUUCCUCCAAGUAAUUUUUUGCAUUAGUUUUAUUGAUUUCAGCACAAUUUUAUUGAGAAAUAUCCUCAAAAAUGCCACAAUAGUCGAUAUGUAAAUUGAUCAAUAAUUUUUUUUUUUUUUUAAAUGAAUACACUAAAUAUUGGUUCUAAACAUAGCCUAGGUGGAAAGUUUCCAUAAACCGCAGAAGGUAAGGCCUGUUUUAAAAAUGUAGUCAUUUAUCACGAACAAAUAAUCGAGUACUUUCAUAAGUUUGAACUAGAUUGAUGUACAUGUUUUAUGCGAUGAUUGAUAUUGUGAAUUUUUAAUAUAGUUCCACUCCUAAUCUGGAUAAUGAAGGCAACCAGCAAAAUACGAAGGUAAUGAGAACAUUUACGUGUAAAGUUUUGUUACUUUCAACUGUUACUUUAAGGAGAUGUCUCUGUUUAGAUAAAAUGGGUAAAACGAACAGGAGCCAGACGCAGUAAAUGUACCUGCAGAGUCUGUCUUUAAGGUUCAUGGCCAGGGUCAAGAAACAAGCAGUGUGAGGAUCAGCAGAGGUAUAUUUACUAUUUACACGACGUGCACAAGGACAUUUCUUCUUCUUCUUUCAGGGGGAAAAAAAAAAUAACCCAUUGCUGGAUUUGACAGGUUAGAAAGCAUUUUUCCUGAAAAGCUUCGCCCAUUCACCUCAGAUAUUCAAUUCCUUCUAAUUGUUAUUACGAAAGGAUGCCAGCUUCACGGGUGUGAUAACUGUUAAUUGCGACAGUUAAGUGAUUACCUGAACGGUGGCCUGUAAUAUCAAUCGUGCUCCCCAUGUUAUGCAGCAGAGACACUGUGCGCUGUCGAAUUCAGCCUGUUUGAGGCAAUUCAGAAUUAAAAGCAUGACAAAAUAGCCUACGUUUACGAUAAAAUGUGAAAUAAUAAUGUGCUGGAUCAAGUGCUAUUUUAUAAGGUGCUGAAUUAACUCAAAUAUGCAGUGAAUAAUGUGAUAAUGCUUUCAGUGCUUCUCUUUCAUACAGUACAUCAGUGUACUAGUAGAGAAAAAUCCCUAUUUUUCAAAAUCAACUUAAAAAAAAUCAACUUAAGCAGCAGCAAAACUUUAUAUUGAAAUAUUGAAGCAACUUUUGGGCUUAAGCCACCAACUUUGAAUAUGGCUGUGUUGAUAUUUAUAGACAUAAGCAAUUAACUGGAUAAUGCCUGUUGAAUAAACCGUUAGAGUAAUAAGUACAUUUUGUGUAAAAUUACAUGAGCACACAGUAAUUCAUAUUUUAAAAGUUGAUGUGAGGCUGACUGCUUCAUCCCAAGUUAAUAGUCCUGCUGUUGUGUUUGGCUGUGUGUAUGCUGGGCACAAUUUCUAUCUCCAUUAUUUCAGCAAGCAUCGCUGCCCUGACUCUUAGCCAGAGAUUUUCAUGUGGGGAAAAAAAUGGCUCAGUGUAGCAGCAGGACAAUAAAACCCUCCAGCAUUAGCAGCUGAAUACAGGAAAUCCCUAUACACUGAGCAUGUCCUUGCUGUCCUCUUGCACCAGAUGUUUUUCUUUCUUUAGGCUUUUAAAAAUUCAGCUCAGUGGAGAAACAAACAGAGUCUACUUCCUUGUCUAUUCGAAGCCUCUCAUGUACUCAAUCUCAAGCUUGACUGGAUUUGGACCACAGUGUCCAAUCUCACAGAAUAAAGCAAUUAUUUUCUAGUGCA